UAUUUCUUAAUGAAUUUUUCAACACCUUCAGUCCAAAAGUCACCGAUGAGCAUGAGGACCUCGAGCGAGGUACUCCAGACACCAAUGACUCAGAGAGUCGCUGUGCCUGCAGAUGUUGAGACUUUUGAGUCCUUAUCUGCUGAAAUUCCGAUUGCAGAAGAUGAAAAUGCCUUAAAAUUCUCUAGAAUCCGGCAAAGACUUGAUAGUAUUAUGAAAUACAUCGAGAGUGACCGCAGAGAGAAAGAAGAACGCAACUCAAAGAAAAUAGACCAGAUUAAGGAAAUUGAAACAGAAAUGCUCAACAGAGUUCAGACUGAAAUGCAAGCGAAUCGGGAAAUGGACAAAAGACUCACAUUUUUAGUCGAACAAAGAACAAGCGAUCUAAGAGCACAGCUUGCAGUAGAGUCUAAAAAGAGGAUUAGAAGUGUCGAGGAUGUUAAAAGAUUCACAGCAGAAGGAAUUUCUUCUCUGAAUGAUCAGUUCCAGCAAAAUUGAAGAAUUCGUGAAGAGACAGACUCAGACUUGUUUAGAAAAAUAGAUGAUGAAAGUUCAAAAUUUAUGGAAAUUAUUGAAGAGAGAAAGAAAGCAAUCAAUGAAGCUGAAGAAGCGAUGUUAGAGAUCUUAAGAGAUAUGAUCCUCAAGAUCAAAGGAGAGCUUGAGAAUGAGAGAAAGGAAAGAGAAGAAAUCGAAGAACAUCUCUUAGGACUUCUUGAAGAAACCUGAACCAAAUUAGGAUCAGCAGUCAGCUAAAAUUCAAAUAAUUCAAUUUAAAUUCCAAACAAA